GUUGUGGUAAAUUCCAUAGAAAUUUUGUUUGGAAGCCUUGACAGGGAAACUAUUUGUUCAGUCAUGAGUGAACAAUUGAAGUUCAUCACUCAGGAACUGAAAAAAGAACCAUUCAGUAAGACCUACAACUUGAUAUCAUUUGAUUCUCUUGAACCACUUCAGCUGUUACAAGUUCUCAAUGAUAUCAUCGCUGUCAUUGAUCCCAAGCAAAAACUAGAUAUAAGAGAAGAAAGUCCAGAUCAAACAGCCAUACGAAUUUUCACUACUCUUCGUGUGUUGAAGUACAAGCCUCCAAAUGAUGAUGUGUCCACAUUUAGAGCUGGAUUGGUUCAAGGAGAUAAACUGGUAAUUUACCCAAUUUUAGAAUGGCUGUUGACAAGGGUACCAGAUUUGCAAAAGAGAGCUUAUUUAGCUCGUUUUCUAGUAAAAAUAGAUGUCCCGUCAGAGAUAAUGGCUGACGAAGGUAUCCCAGAUUUGUAUGCUCAGUAUGAAGAACUUAUGGAUCAGUUCAAAGAUUUACAUAAACAAGCAGAAAAAUUGAGGAGUUCUGGAUUCAAUACUGGUGAAAUUAGAAAAGAUAUAUCUAAUAUGGAGGAUGAGAAAGAACAAUUGAAUAAAAGGAUAGAAAGAUUGAAAAGAAAGGUAGAAUCUCAUCCAAACUCUCAAACAAUGAUGAAUGUAGCCAGGAAUUUAAGACUUGAGAGAGACAAAGAGAAGAAGCUUGCUGAACAAAGACAAGAACAAGCAACAUUGAUUCAGCAUGAAGAACAGAAAAUCAGAAGACUUCAACAACAACUGCAUGAUCAGAGACAAACUAGUGUUGGGGCUAAUCCGGACACGCUUUUACAAAGACUUGAAGAAGAAACAAGGACCAAUAAAUACAUUGUAACUGAAAGGUUACCAAAAGAUAUAACUGGACGUCGUAAAACUUUACAAGAUUUACAGCGUGUAGUUGCUGAGCCAGCAAUGGGGCAUUCAGACUUGGAUCAACUGAAUUCACAGAUAUCUGAGUUAAAUUCAGAGAUAAAUCAGCUGAUGGAAAAGAGAAUGUUAGCUAGCCGUGACCCAGAUGAUAAAUCUAAUCUCUUUAGACAACAGGCUUCUAUCAUUGCUCACAAGAAGGAAGCUGCAGUGGAGACUUACAGGGGACUAAGAGAUGAGUAUAAUCAUAUUCAGCAGGAAAUUGAACAGAAGAGAGACAUGAUUAAGGAACAGGGUGGUGGAGAAGUACUCAAAGGGGAAGAUUUCAAGAGGUAUGUUAACAAGUUGAGGAGUAAAAGUACUAUUUACAAGAAGAAAAGACAAGAAAUAGCAGAAAUACGAGCUGAAGUUGGUGUGCUAUCAAGAACAGAGGAAAUAUUAAGACAGAGGGAUGAAAAUAUGAACAUGCAAUUGUCUGCCUUAGAGAACAAAAAAGGUGUAGCCGGCUACAGACAGACACAGGAAGAUUUAGAGAAAGUGUCGUCAGUGAAGAGUGAAUAUGAUGAUAGGAAAGGCAAAACCUUGGAGGAUAUGUCUGAUAUGGUUACCAGAAUGAAUAGAAAAAUAGCUGAGAAAAAGGGAGCUUUGGCACCAAUCAUAAAGGAACUAAGACCACUUAGACAGAGGAAUACGGAAUUAACAGCAAUUUUUGAAGAGAAGAAACAUUCGUAUGAAACUGCAAAUGCAGGACUAGAGAGUAAUAUGGCAAAACUAGAACAGGAGGUCAGAGGUUAUCAUGAGGAAUGUAAACAGGAAGAAUCUCGUUACCACUACCUGAAUUGUAUGAUCAGAAUGAUAGAAAUGCAACAACAGAAAGUAGCUGAUGAAAUGAAAGCUUAUACUUCGUCUGAUCCUUAUACAAGGAAGAAAACUUUCAGAGAGUUAUAUCAGAGAAAAGUUCAGGAGCAAGAAAAUCUUGGUAAAGGCCUGAGAGAACAGCAGAAAACUGUCAGGGAAAGUCAUGGUCCAAGUAUGACACAGAUGAAAAUGUGGAAAGACUUAGAGCGACUAAUGGAAUGUAAACGACAGUGUAUGGAGCGUAAUGCUGGAAUGACUGCCCAAGGAAUAUCUAGUUAUGGUGAAGCACCUCCAGCUGUUUUAGAAGAUGACCGUUUAGUUCUGUGAUAUAACAUUAUUGAUUAUUUAUUUUUUUAUGUCUGUAUUGUUGUAAAGCAACAUUCCAUUCAACUGUAUUCCGUCCAAUAAAUAUGGUAUACUU